GAAUCUCUUUUUCUUUAAUCGCCAAUUCCGUGUAAAUCCAAGAACAGAUUAAAGAUCUCCUCGUGACAGAAGAAGAAUAGAACACAGCGACAUCAGUUUCCGAGCUGUCAUGAGGACUGUCAUUUCUAAUCAGCCAUGUAAUCAACCUUAGAGAAAUAGAAAUAGAUAAAAUAGAUAAAAUAUAGCUUUAAAAUGCCGCAAGUUCCCCACGUUAAUUUCUUCAAUGGCCAAAAAAUCCCUAUAAUUGGCCUAGGAACUUUUCAGGCGAGAGACGACGAAGUGCGUCAGGCAGUCCAACAGGCCCUCGAGUGUGGCUACAGGCAUUUUGACACGGCCACGCUCUACCAGAAUGAGGAGGCCAUUGGAGACGUGCUCAGCAAGUGGAUCUCCGAAGGGAAGGUCGCCAGGGAGGAGCUCUUCAUCACUACAAAGCUUCCAACAAUUGGCAACCGUGCAGAAUACGUGACCAAAUAUCUGACGACUUCAUUGAAGAAAUUGCAGCUGAGCUACGUUGACCUUUAUCUUAUACACUUUCCAGUUGGAUGUAUAGGGAAAGACGAAAAUGACCUGCAACCCAGAGAUUCUGAAGGGAAAGUCGUCCUCGACAUGGACACCGAUCAUGAGAGUCUGUGGAAGGCCAUGGAGGAGCAGGUGGAUGCUGGGAGAGCUAAGUCAAUUGGGAUUUCAAACUUCAACAGUGCACAGGUUGAGAGGAUUAUGAAAUUUUGCCGCAUCCAGCCCGCUAACCACCAGGUGGAAAUUCACGCAUUCCAUCAACAGAAGGAGUUACGAGCUGUUUGCCACAAGCAUAACAUUACUAUGUGUGCUUAUGGGCCGCUUGGUGCUCCUUAUAAGGAAGGAGCCAAACAAAAGCCAGUCUUGAAACACCCCGUGGUAACCUCAAUGGCUGCUCGUCUCGGCAAGACGCCAGCACAGAUCCUCCUGCGCCACUUGAUCCAGUUGAACAUUGUCGUCAUACCCAAGUCCUCGAACCCAGAUCGCCUCAAGCAGAACUUCGAAGUAUUUGACUUCAAAUUGAGCGACGAUGACAUGAGAGAACUGGACAACUUAGACCAAGGGAUAGAUGGAAAGCUCUUCAUCUUCUCUGAUUCCAUGAUUGGUGUUAAAAAGCAUCCAGAAUUCCCAUUCAAUAUUCCAUUUUAGACUCCGAAGCCCAACUUGCAAUUCCAGAUUCGUCUGAGGAUUUUUUCUUCUUCUUCUUUUUCUUCUUCUUCUUUUUCUUGUCCCAAAACGAUGAUGUUGAAAAUAGUUUUGGGUGUAUACUUCAGAACAGAAUUUUGUUGUUAAGGAAAAUGAAACUUUUUCUUCAUACAAAAUAGUAUUGUGUACAAAAUUAUAUUUGUAAUUCUUCUUAUAGUUUUUUUCCUGUACAGAUUGAACAAAAACUGUCUUUUAGGAAUUUGUGAUUUUUAUUUUAAAGAUUACCCUGCAUUAUCUGUGUUUGUCCCUCUUGAUGUUUUUUCUGCCUAAAGAACAUAAAAUAUCUAUGCAUCAUACAAAAAAAAUUAUAAAAUAAAAAAAAGAGAUUAAAGAAAAUAAAGUCUUACAAGAAGUUACUUUCAUUUCUUUUAUGCUUUUACAGUGGCUUGCUAUUUUUGAGCUGAAGAGGCCGUGCUUUAUUUUCCAGAAAUUGUAUAGAAAAAAUAAAUCACUGGAACGACUAAGUAUUUUAUUCUAGGAAUCUAAUUUGAAUAUUAUUAAUCUCUAGUAUUUUUUGUUAUAGCAAUGAAAGUGCCAAUAUGCAGCUUAUUUUUUGUUGUUGUAAUAAUUACUGUAGAUAAGAUUUUUUUUUUCAUAAGAGAGAAAAGAUCCAUUGUUUUGGGUUAUUCCAAUAAACAAAGAAUGUCACUUUUUAAGUUUGUUAAAGUAUUCAAAUUGUAAAAUAUGUUGUAGGACAUAUGAUUAUUUAAGUGUAUUUGUAUUAAUAAGAAAUCAUACCUUUGUGAUACACCUCAAAGUAGAAUAGGCAACAUCAUUACAUGUUGUUUGGAGAUACAGAGAUUUAACUGAUUUGUUUUAAAGGAAAACCAGUUACAAUUUAUAGACUAGUGACUUAUUUCAUUAUCUGGAAAGUAAGUCAAAGUUUAAGCUGUUUGAUUUUGCAGUUAUCACAAUAUUUUUCAAGUGAUUGAAUUUUGAUCAAUCUAAAGAAAUAUACAGCGUCAUUUUGCUUCAUAGUGCUGCAUUGUUUUAAAUGACUGAUGUUAUUGGUUAAAUCCUUUCUCUAAUAAGUAACUAUUGUAUAGCAAAAUGGAGUCAGCUGUUAAUAAUUUACAAACAUGUAAGUAACAAGACAGAGGUUUUCAUCCGACUUGCCUAUUAUUUGCAAUGACAAAAUUGUGAUUUUUCAUUAAAGGCGGGAUUUUUGGCAAA